UCUGCUACCUUUCUUGUGCAGUUGGCUCACAUGCCUGCACUGAGAAAAGUCAUCCAUCUACACCCUCUAUUCUCUUGGACCGCUUUGAAAAAACUUUUUGGUUGACUCGUAAAAGCGGUGCUGAAACUUAGUGCCACUGCCGUUAUCCACUAGGACGUUCAAAUUUUGUUCCUGCGAAAUCAAUGGCUCUAAGUUCAUCAUUUUCUACCGUCUGCAUGUUCUUUGUCACUUUGACUUUGAUGCCAACGACCCCAUAUUGCAUCCCUUUUGUUGUCUUUCAUGGAAUUGAGGAUGCAUGCCGUCAUAAAGGGGUAGAGCGUUUCACUGAAAUUCUGGCUAACUGGUCCGGAACUCAAGGACAUUGUGUUGAAAUUGGUAAUGGAGCGUGGGAUUCCUGGUUUAUGCCAUUCCCUAAACAGAUAUCCAUUGCUUGUGAGAAGGUGAAGAAAAUAAGUGAGCUUAGGGAUGGUUACAAUAUCGUUGGACUUUCCCAGGGAAACAUGGUAGGCAGAGGGGUCAUUGAAUUCUGUGAUGAAGGACCUCCUGUGAAGAACUUUAUAUCUCUGGCAGGUCCUCAUGCUGGGAUAGCUUCUGUUCCUUUAUGUGGAUCCAGCAUCGUAUGCGUUCUUGUUGAUUUUCUAAUCCAGUUGGCUGUGUACAGUGACUAUGUCCAGGACCAUCUAGCACCAGCUGGUUACAUAAAAAUCCCAACUGAUAUUGACGGUUACAGAAAAGGAUGCAAGUUUCUUCCCAAACUCAAUAAUGAAUUUCAUAAGAAUGCUACUUACGAGCAAAGAUUUGCUAGCUUGGAGAAUUUGGUGCUUAUCAUGUUUGAGCAAGAUGAAGUUUUGGUGCCAAAGGAAACCUCUUUGUUUGGAUACUACCCAGAUGGUUCUUGGUGCACUGUUUUGCCUGCACAAGAGACAGCACUCUACAAAGAAGACUGGAUUGGUUUGAGAACCUUGGAUGAAGCUGGAAAGGUUAAGUUUGUGAAUGUUUCAGGGAGUCACCUGGAAAUUUCUGUUGGUGACAUGAAGAAGUAUAUAGUACCAUACUUGGUGGACAAUGGCACUGCACAGCCUCCCACAGCUCAACCCCCAACUACAGAUGAAUCAUCCAUCCUACAACUAAAAUCUUUCCAGCAUAUUUACCAACAAAUUGAUGGGCUAGAGCAAGAUAAUAUUCGACUGCAACUAAUAAAUUGAGUUGAGACUGCUGGAUACAUUUCAAUUGGUGUUUCGGAGAAGAGAAAAAGAAGUAACAAGAAUAAGCGACUAUCCUUCCAUCUCAAUUCACUCAAAGUAUCGUCCAUCCAAAAAGAUUGGUUUGCUGCAGUACGUUGUUUAACAGAGUCUCACAAUCCAUUUCAUUAAUUCUACACUUGUCUUACCCAAAAAAAAAAAAAAAUUCUACACUUGUACAAGCAAGAAAAACAAAUUUGUUAGCCAUUGAUUUGUAUUACCACUUCUCGAGAAAAAACUAUGGGAGAGUUCCAUCUGGUGGAUGUCAAAUAAUAUCAUUGCAUUUUCCAUGCGAAAUGCUUUGCAUUAA